CACGAACAGAGACGCCGCAGCCGCUGGUUUUCUCCACCGCCGGAGGAAGAUAGGUAGGUAGGGGUCGAUCCCCCGCCGCCGGCGACCCGGGGCGGCCGCCCCAGCUCGCCCCAAUGGUGGGUCCGCCACUGCGACGAGGAGUCCGAUUGGUUGCACCGGAAUGAUGCAUAUCAGAUACCACAAAUUGGUGGACGCAUUAGAGAUGUUGCUAUGCCUCUUGGUGAUAACAUGCAAUCAAUCUCCACCGUUGUAAGAGAUAUUGCACAAGAGCCUCUCACACAACUUUCAGGGUUCAGGCACCCGAACUUAGCAGAAUACGUAACCCAGAUUUCUCAAUUCAAGGUAUAGAGCCUUUUAAUGGCUCCAGUCAACCAAUGAAGACGCCAACUAAUGAUGAGAGACGCCCUGCAGAACCGUCUCCAGAUGAUACUCAAAGCACUCAAGAUCUACAAAUGGGCAACGACCAGAUAGAAGAUCCAUAUGGAAUAUUUGAACCCGUUGUUCAACAACCCAAUUUUGAAGACUGCUUGGCGCCAUUGCAAAAUGGAGAAUCUGUGUACCAUGAGCCUGAUGAGGAACCUAGAAUAUUUAUGGCCGAAGGUCUUGCUUAUGAAUCUUACCAACUUGGACGCCCACGAGCAGCACCAGUAUCAAAUACCGAUGAAUUCAUUUACCGAAACCUACCUACAAAGCACCAUGUCCUAAGAAAGGUUCCCGACUGCCGCCACCGUGGGGCAUUGCGGUUUCCAUUUGAGGGCCCAGCAUUUUGUUGCAGAAAAAGAAAAGUCGAUAUUAUUACUCCAGAUGUUCCAGAAGAGCUAAAACGGUUGUUUACAAGUCAAGAUGAUGAGGAUGCUAAAUAUUUCAGAGAGCAUAUACGGUAUUUCAACUCGCACUUCUCAUUCACAACUCUAGGAGUCACUCAUGAUCGCCGAGUAAGCACUGCGGCAGGAACUGGAGUAUAUACAUUUCGUGCAUGUGGUGGCUUAUACCACGCUCUUGAUGGUCUGGUGCCGGCUGAUAAUGGACCUCGCCAUUUGCAGCUCUAUAUUUAUGAUACAGAUCAAGACUUGGUUCACAGGGCUAUGAGGUCUCCAGAUCUUAAUAUAGAACUCAUACGAAAGAUUCUGCGAAUACUUGAGCAUAACCCUUAUGCACAAGUUUUAAAGAGCCUUGGGUCUGUUCCAAAUCUAGAUGAGUAUAGGAUCUCACUAAACACGGAUAUCAACUUGGAUCAACGAAGGUACAAUGCCCCAAUGACUUCUCAGGUGGCAGCGAUAUGGGUUGAAGGGAGCGACCCAAAGAAUUGCUUUGAUAGAAGUGUUGUCGUACAUGGAAAAAAAGAGACCGCCCCCUAUAUAUUAGAGCAUACUAUGGGUGCUACGACCCAUUGACUAUUCUUCCCACAUGGGGAGACUGGUUGGAAUCGUAGGAUGCCAUAUGUGGCCCCCUCGAUGACACCACACAAUGUUUGUCUGGUAACCCUGCACCCCAAGUAAACCAAACCUCUGAUUUAUAUACGGAAAGUGAACAAGUUGGGAAUUUUGAACCACAUGAAGACCAUGCCACGGAUUUACCUGCAGAUGACACGACCCAAUAUUCAGCGCAUAAUACUGCACCACAAGUAAACCAAACCUCUGAUUUAUCUACAGGUAUGAUGUGUAAACUUCAGCAGGCUCUCUAUAGCCUCAAACAGUCGCCGCGUGCAUGGUACUCGCGGCUCAGUGAUCAUCUCCAGCAACUUGGUUUUGCUCCAUCAACAGUAGAUACAUCCCUGUUUAUUUUCUCUCAUGCCGGCAUCACCAUGUAUAUGCUCGUCUACGUCGACGACAUCGUCGUCGCCAGUUCCAGCCCGACUGUUGUUCGGCGUCUAUUGAAUCAGCUAGCUCAGUCCUUCCCAGUGAAGGACCUUGGGCCAUUGCAGUACUUCUUGGGAAUUGAAGCGCUCUCGGGGGUUGAGUCUUACUCAGAAGAAGUAUGCUACUGACCUACUUCAACGUACACACAUGGAGAAUUGCAAGGCAGUGUCAACCCCAUGAAUGUGCAACAUAAGUUAUCGCGGGACAUUGGCCAAGCUCUAAAUGAUGAAGAAGCUUUUGUCUAUCACAGUACUGUAGGUGGUUUGCAAUACUUGACGCUCACCAGACCCGACAUUUCAUUUGCCGUCAAUAAGGUUUGUCAGUACUUGGUUCAACCAACGGAGGUUCAUUAGGAAGCUGUAAAAAGAAUUCUCCGCUAUGUCAAGGGGACAAUAUCUUGUGGGCUUAGUAUACGGAGAUCAACAUCUACACUCUUGAGCGUUUUCACAUACGCUGAUUGGGCUGGAUGCGCAGAUGAUCGGCGCUCAACCGGUGGCUUUGCGGUCUUCUUUGGACCAACUUUAAUUUCUUGGAGUGCAUGGAAACAACCAACCGUGUCACGCUCAUCUACAGAGGCAGAGUACAAGGCACUCGCAAAUGGGACUGCCGAAGUUACUUGGGUACGGUCAUUACUAAAAGAGCUGCAUAUAUCGCAGCCGCGCCCUUCUGUACUAUGGUGUGACAACCUUGGAGCUAACUAUCUUACCGCCAACCCAAUGUUUCAUGCAAGGACAAAACACAUCGAGGUCGACUUCCACUUCGUCCGAGAGAAGGUGGCACUAGGAGCUCUAGAUGUCCGGUUCAUUGCUUCAGAAGAUCAGGUCGUGGAUGUCUUCACCAAACCAUGCACGAAGUUGAUGCUAGACCGAUGUCGUCGCAAUCUCAAUCUUGUCUCUGUCGGUUGAGAUUGAGGGGGCGUGUCAAAUGUUACGAGUUAGUGCUGUCUAGCAUAAUGAGUUGCAACGCCUAGCAAUUACAGCUUAGUGCUAGAAUGUAGAAGGUCUAGAGACCUCUCUCUUGAUAUUCCACGUCGUAAUGUCUUGUAACUGAACAUGUACAUGUACUAUAUAAACAGCCCAAUACAGUGAGGAUUAUCACGGCAAA